AUGACUCGACCGUCAAGAUUACUCGAGACGGCAGCGCCACCACAACCGUCCGAGCAGAUGCUCGCGGCGGAAUCCGACAUGGUUGUGAUCUUGUCGGCUCUUCUCUGCGCUCUCAUAUGUGUAGCUGGCCUUGCCGCCGUCCUACGCUGUGCUUGGCUCCGACGGUUUACAACCGGAGGAGAUACGCCGUCGCCGAACAAAGGCUUGAAGAAGAAAGCUCUACAGUCUCUACCAAGAUCCACUUUCACCGCCGCUGAGUCAACAUCCGGCGCCGCCGCUGAUGAAGCCGGAGGAGAGUCAACUGAAUGCGCGAUUUGUCUCACUGACUUCGCCGACGGCGAAGAAAUCAGAGUCCUUCCUCUCUGUGGUCAUUCGUUCCACGUGGCGUGUAUUGACAAAUGGCUUGCUUCUAGGUCUUCGUGUCCUUCUUGUCGCCGGAUUCUUACGCCGGUGAGAUGUGACCGGUGCGGUCACGCUUCCACGGCGGGGAGUCAAAUGAAAGAUCAUCAACAUCACCAACAACACUCUUCUUCGCAGCUCACUUCCUCUAUUCCUACGUUUCUUCCUUAA